UGAAAUUAUCCAUAAUGAAAAUGCCUAAAAUAAUCUCUCGCCCGUUUCAAAAAAUAAUUUCUCUCGCAGCGAGACUUCCUUCACUUACAAUCUCUCUCGCCUAAAAUAAUCUCUCUCUAAGCCUACGAAAUGGUAGCAUUAGCUUUCUCUUUUCCAUUGAGCUUCUCAGUUGCUUCUCGCAACAGAACCUCCUCACUUCUUCUGAAUUCUCCCAGAAACCCAACGAGCUCCACAGUCUCCGCUUUGUCCACUCCGUAUGGCCAUUUUUCACCAGCUGGGUUAUCGAGUAAGACAUCUGUAUCUCCUCUAAAGCUUGAUGAGACGGAUUUUCUUGAUAGCAGUACAAGUUAUGGUGCUAUAGAAGCCAAAAAAGGAAAUCCUCCCAUUAUGCCUGCAGUGAUGACCCCAGUUGGACCUUUAGAUCUCUCGACUGUAUUACUAAGGAACCGGAUAAUCUUCAUAGGGCAGCCCGUGAACUCGCAGGUGGCCCAACGAGUCAUAUCGCAGCUUGUGACACUGGCAACUAUUGAUGAGGAUGCCGAUAUUCUGGUGUAUUUGAAUUGCCCUGGUGGAAGUACAUACUCUGUCUUGGCAAUUUAUGAUUGCAUGUCUUGGAUAAAGCCUAAGGUUGGCACAGUAUGUUUUGGGGUAGCUGCAAGCCAAGGAGCUCUUCUUCUUGCUGGUGGAGAAAAGGGAAUGCGAUAUUCGAUGCCAAAUGCACGUAUUAUGAUACAUCAACCACAGAGUGGAUGUGGGGGUCACGUGGAAGAUGUGAGGCGCCAAGUAAAUGAAGCUGUUCAAUCUCGCCAUAAAGUUGACAAAAUGUAUGCUGCUUUUACGGGCCAACCUAUAGAGAAAGUGCAACAAUACACUGAGAGGGAUCGUUUCUUAUCUGUUUCUGAGGCCAUGGAAUUUGGACUUAUUGAUGGUGUGUUGGAAACAGAAUACUAGGUGGUUUUCUUAACAUUCCGUGUCUUCAAAAAAUGACUCUUUAUUGUCAACUUAAUAUCUUGGGGUUGGCUCCAAUGAUCAAGUGUAAAGAGUCUUUGAACUAAAUUUUCAGCGCUUCCCAUUCCUUAAAUGCCAUUACAUGAAAUUUUGAUUUUUUUUAUU